AUGGGGGUAGAUGUGGGGGUAGAAGAAAAGGAAGAACCCAAGAACUCAUUGCACAGAGCAGGCAACCAGAACAAAGUUACCAUGACCAUGCUCCGUGAGACAGUGUUGAUCAAGACCCUGCUGCUGCUGCUGCUGGGACUCACUGUUCUGAAGAUGGUGGCAGCUAGGAAAAAAACCAAAGUUGGAGGAGCUGCCCUUUGCCCCACUCUGGAGGACCAGAGUGUGAGGGUGAACAUUAGCAUUAUUGAUCAAUCACCCAGUGUUCCAGUCUUCUCCCAGAACUUCCAGAACCGCUCUAUCUCCCCCUGGGAUUAUCAUGUUACCGAGGACCACCACCGAAUUCCCUCCUUUAUUGCAGAGGCCCGAUGCAGGUACCAGAGCUGCCUCAAUGCUGAAGGGGAGGAAGACAGCUCCUUGAACUCUGUUCCAAUUAAGCACGAGUUCUUGGUCCUCCGCAGGGAGCCCAAGGGCUGCUCUCACUCCUUCCAUCUGGAGAGAGUGUGGGUGACAGUGGGAUGCACUUGUGUCACCCCCAUUGUCCACCAUGUGCAAGGCCCCAAGGCAAGACAUCAGUUGAGCUGA